CCGAAACCAUGCAUCCGAUGAUUGGCGACGCCAAAAUUUCGGUUCCUGCGUCGCGAACAUCAGGUGAAGCCAGCAAGCAAGCUGCGGUUGGGUCAGGUCGGUACACUCCACGGUUGUCCAAUUGCUUCCACAUCUGACAGGUGUCACCUCAGCAUGCCUUCGAGACUACGAUGCGCGGCCCCUCGUGGCCUGAGUUGCGCCGUGAACCAUGCGAGGAUACCGAAUCGAUCCGCCGUUCUCCUCCUUCCUUCAGCACCCGCAGCGAUAGCUGCCUCCAGACAGUACGCUACAGCGGCCGCCGCCGUAUCCAAAUCGUCGAGCUUCAGACUGCCCGACGACUAUGUCCCGCCGACCAAACCUCCUACAGCCCGUCCGGCCGACACGCGAAAGUCGCAGCUCCUCCGAACCUACACCUCCCUUCUCCGCUCGACGCCUCUGAUUCUGAUCUUCCAACAUAACAACCUCACAGCAGUAGAAUGGGCCGCCGUCAGACGGGAACUUAGGCUUGCCCUCGGCAGCAUUGCCAGCGAGAGGACAAAUUCGGCCGAGGUUGCGUCGAGAGCCCAGUUGCAGGUGAUCCGGACACGCAUCUUCGACGUCGCGCUCAAGAUUGUCGAGUUCCACGACCCUUCCAAGGUCGGCCCCACCACCGUAUCCGCGCUCACAGGAGAGAAGGUUCAAGUGGUCUACAACCACGACCUGUCUAAGGCCGCCUACAAGGCUGUCCAGGCUGCCACGAAGGCCGAUGAGCCAUUACCCGAGUCGUCCGCCUACGCCCAGAUCUCGCCCCUGCUCGUCGGGCCGCUGGCGAUUCUAACCCUUCCCGCCGUGUCGCCGGCGCAUCUGGCCGCCGCGCUGAGCAUCCUGGCCCCAAGCCCGCCUGCGUUCCCUGCGCCGAGCAAGAAGAAGAGCCCUGGUUACCACGACCCUAUUGCGCAGAGCGGCCUUCAAAAGCUUAUGCUGAUUGGUGGGCGGAUCGAGGACAAGGUUUUCGACCUCGAGGGCGUCAAGUGGGUGGGCGGCAUCGAGGGCGGCCUGGACGCGCUCCGCGCCCAGCUGGUCUACAUGCUCCAGAGCGCCGGGCUCGGCCUCACGACUGCGCUCGAGGGUGCGAGCAAGAGCCUGUGGCUCACCCUGGAGAGCCGGCGGAGCGUCUUGGAAGAAGAGCAGAAUGGCGGAAAGGAGGGGGAGAAGAAGGAGGAGAGCUCGUGAGGCGAGGUUGUUGGAGAUUGUUGGAUCUGUGUUUCUACCCGCCGCAUGUAGCUUGGUAUUCGGCUAUGUCGCAAUGCAGCAGCUGCGAUACCUUGAUUUGUAAAGUAUACUGUAUCAAAUACCAAUGGCAGGGAUUGCUUGGUUGAGGAAACAGGAAGCGUGAACCUAGUCGUUCCAGGUUGUCGGCGAGACCAGACUUUAAGCCGAAAACUGCUUCGGAUUAGUAACCUGACCGAACCCUCAGCUUGUCCCUCCAUCUGCUGAGCUAACAAAGUC